GGGGUUCCUGGCCGGUGGCAGCUGCAGGCUGACUUAAUGGGAUGGACUGGCCACACAGCCUGCUCUUCCUUCUUGCCAUCUCCAUCUUCCUGGUGCCAAGCCAGCCCCGGAACACCAAAGGCAAAAGGAAGGGGCAAGGGAGGCCUGGCCCCUUGGCCCCUGGGCCUCAGCAGGUGCCGCUGGACCUGGUGUCUCGAGUAAAGCCCUACGCCCGAAUGGAAGAGUACGAGAGGAACCUUGGCGAGAUGGUGGCCCAGCUGAGGAACAGCUCUGAGCCAGCCAAGAAGAAAUGUGAAGUCAACUUGCAGCUGUGGUUAUCCAACAAGAGGAGCCUGUCUCCCUGGGGCUACAGCAUCAACCACGACCCCAGCCGCAUCCCGGAGGACUUGCCUGAGGCGCGGUGCCUAUGUUUGGGUUGCGUGAACCCCUUCACCAUGCAGGAGGACCGUAGCAUGGUGAGCGUGCCAGUGUUCAGCCAGGUGCCAGUGCGACGCCGCCUCUGUCCGCAACCUCCUCGGCCCGGGCCCUGCCGCCAGCGUGUUGUCAUGGAGACCAUCGCUGUGGGUUGCACCUGCAUCUUCUGAGCCACCAACCCUCAACCAGGUGGCUACUGCAACAAUCCUCCCUCCCUGCACCCACUGUGACCCUCAAGGCUGAUAAACAGUAAACGUUGUUCUUUGUAAAGGAA